CGUGAAGAGAAAGUCAACCAUGGACGAUGAUCCAUCAAGUUCCGUGAGGGGAGAAGGGGGGACGCAGUUCACAAGUUGGAGAUUUGCAUGAAGAGAAACAAAAAGUAAGCAUAAAAAAUGCCAAAAAAGAGAAUCAACCUGCUGACUCUCGAUUGCGACGGAGGGAAUCGAACUCGAGAUAAUGAUAGAUGCCAUUACACCAGGUAUAUCAGGGGAUUAUGUAAAGAAGGGAGAGGAACAGUUCGAAAAAGUUCCCACGACACUCGGAUAGAGGGAAUCAACCCCAAAGCUAUCGGAGGAACGAACGGUAUCCAGUACACUGCUGUUAUAUGUGUGUGCAGCAGCAGGCAGUGACAAGUUGUCAUGAUGGAACACGCUGGCUGGGUACGAUAAAAUGUGCCCCAGUUCAGGUCGGUUAGACUCUUCUCUUCCUCCCGCAGCCCGCUACGUAUUCGGUUCUUUUGCGGAACAGCUAGAAAUUGUCAUCAGUCAGAGAAAAAAUAUGAUGCUGCCGAGUAUACUACAGGUGCUGCAACAGGCUUUGGCAGCCGGAACUCCAACAGUCGUUGAUUGAUAGUUGUUGUCAUUUAGUGACAGAUUUCCCUCCGAAUACAG